AGCGCUCCUCCGCGCCCGCUCUUCCGGUCCCCUCCUUCCCGCGCUGGCCGAGCCCAACACUUUCGUUCCGGGGGCUGCGAGGGCCGCGGAAGAGCUGGGCAGUCCUCUGCGGCGAGCGCCGGCCCGCGGAGGGGCCGGACCAGAGGGAGCGGCUAACCAUGUCUUUAAAUUCACCUACACUGGUAAAUGAAGAAAACUCUCAAGAACCAAGAAGAAAUUCUGAAUGUUUGAAAAGUGUAGAACCGCAGGCUCCAUCAUCGUUUCAAGAUAACCCACUUCAACAGCUACAGCUUGCAUCGCAGGAAGUACUUGAAAAGGCAAAGAAGAGUGGGAGAUCAAAAUGUCCUCGAUGCAGUAGCUCAAGGAUGUUUUAUUGUUAUACAUGCUUUGUUCCUGUUGAAACUGUCCCUACCAAAGAAAUUCCAACUGUGAAGUUACCUUUGAAGAUUGACAUCAUUAAACACCCAAAUGAAACAGAUGGCAAAAGCACUGCUGUGCAUGCUAAGCUCCUGGCACCUGAUGAUGUUACAAUAUAUAAAUACCCCUGCAUUCCAGAAUACGAAGAAAAAAGACAUGAAAUAGCACUUAUAUUUCCUGGUCCCAAUUCAAUUUCAGUAAAAGAUAUUGCUUUCCAUCUCCAAAAGUAUGUUAAGAAAGGCACUUGUGCUAAUGAUAAUGACUGUUCCAGAGAACCAUUUCUUAAGCAAGCAAAACUAGAACCUAAAGAAGAAGGAAAAAAUCUAAAUGAAUGCAUCUCAACCAAUGGGAAUGAAGGCACUAGACUGAAGAAAAUAAUAUUUAUCGACAGUACCUGGAAUCAAACUAACAAAAUAAUAACUGAUGAACGACUUCAAGGGUUGCUGCAAAUUGAGUUGAAGACAAGGAAAACUUGCUUUUGGCGUCAUCAGAAGGGGAAGCCAGAUACAUACCUUUCCACAAUAGAAGCAAUUUAUUAUUUCCUUGUAGACUAUCAUCAGGAGAUUUUGAAAGAGAACUACAAAGGACAAUAUGAUAAUCUGCUUUUUUUCUUUUCAUUUAUGUACACAUUGAUUAAAAAUGCCAAGUGUUGUGCAGGAAAAGAGUAAGAUGUCUUAUCUAUAGGUAAGUUACAUUAUAUUUGAUUUCUUUUAUGAUUAUAAACUGCACAAACGUAAUCUGGAAAUAGACUGUACUCUUAAUAAUGGUUAAGCGUUUGUCCGAAAGUAAGCUACAGAUUUUAUGUCCUUUACACUUGAGAUUGUAGAACUACUCUGAUGAGCAGUCUGAUAAGAAUUACUCCUUUGAAACCAGUCAGGCUUUGCUAAGUGUUGUGUCAUCACAGUGAGAUUAUUUCCUGAGGUGGGGAUAGGAGGACUUGGCCCCUCUUGCCAUAAGGAGUCAUGUCUCUUAACUGUGAAAAGCAAUUAGCAUGGUAGCUUUUUAUUGUUAUUAAUACUUUAUUUCCGGUAUUUUCAUUGUGUUUUAUGCAGUAAAACUGAUUUCACUUUCAUGACAUGAAAAGCUGAGUGAAAUUGUUAGGAUAGUAUUUAACUGGGGGUGUGCCAAUACAAAAUGAAAAACCACAUUAAGUGACUAGAAUAUAAAUUAUGUAUUUUCGAGACUAACUCUGGAAAAUUGUCCUAGUAAUAGAAAAGAAUGCUCUCUUUAAACAUUAUAUAGUGUAUGAUUUCUGUAGUACCAUUCACAUACUUUCUGGAUAAUUUUUUCGUUACUAUCAUUUUGUGCAACAUUAACUUAAAUGUCACAGUGGCAUAUCAUGAACAGUAAAAUUUUAUAGAUGCCACAUACUUUUGUCUGGAAACAGAUAUUUUUGCAGGACUCAAGACAAAUUAAUUUGCAGAGACAAAAUAUAGGGAAGAUACUUGUUCUGCCUACAACAAUUCCGACAAGACGUCCUUAAUUUAGGCAGACUAUCCAUCUGCUGUGUUUUUCUUUUGCAGUAAUAGUGCAAAUUUGAACAGCUAAAUAAGACAUUGUCUGAUGCUGAUGGAAGUUUUGAUGGUAUAUGUAGCACUGCUGGCAGAGUCAUCACAUGUGAAUGUAAUUAUAGAAGGGUGACUUUGCCAAGCUAUACCAUGCAGCUGAUGCUGGCAGAGGUAAUAGUCCUAAGCUGUAUCUUUACAAGCAGUUAUACGAAUAUAUUUGUAUCACGCUAGGAUGUUCUGCCAGAAAAAAUCAAGUUGGUAAAAAUCACAGUCUUAAGACAAAAAAAGAAUGUUUCAUUAGAGGUACAAUGUAAGAUGGAUAAAUAUUUAUGAAUAUUCUCAGAAGCACGUUCCUUAAGAAAACACUAAAUCUUGUCAAAGUGACACAGAAAAAUGAUAAUAGAUAAUGCCUUAAACAAGAAA